AUGGGAAGGUUCCGACGAGUCUGCUGGCGCCCGCGUACCCGCCGAUUCCAGCCCUGCAGACGCUUCAUCCGAGCCGCCAUUCCCUGGUUCUUGGAGUGGCCCUCCGUGCUGCCCACAUCGCCCUCACAGGUGCGUCAGACCUACGGCCCUGAGUGUGAGGCCGCAGUCAACAGCCACGCCGCCCUGGUGUUCCACGCCUCCUUCCAGUGCCUGGCCGUGGCCUUCUACCUCGACCAUGAUGACGUGGCCCUGAAGCAUUUCUCCCGCUUCUUCCUGCUCCGCUGCCACGAGCACAGCAACACAGCUGUGAGCCUGAUGUUCCUGCAGAACCGGCGUGGGGGCCGCCUCUGCUUCCUCGACAUCAGAAAGCCUGAGACCCAAAAGUGGGAGAGCGGACUCCAGGCCAUGCAAGACACCCUGCACCUGGAGAAGUGCGUCAACCAGAGCCUGCUCGACCUGCACCAGCUGGCCACCGAGAGCAGCGACACUGACUUGUACCUCUUCGUGGGGACCGGCUACCUGGACCAGCAGGUCAAGUUCAUCAAGGAUCUGGAGGACCUCGUCAGCCACCUGAGCAACGCGGGGUACCCGGAAGGGGCCCUGGUAGAGUACUUCUCUGACAAGCUCACCCUGGGUGUCAGCAACAAGAAGGACUGA